AUGAGUACCAGUACUAACCAUCGAACGAGUACAAGUAAUACGCAUGCCUCCGAUCCGAUAGUAUCCUCCUCCAAUCAUGAUGAUCUCCAUAGUCGAUUGGUCGCUGGAGUUACUGAACAGCCAAAGGCUUUUGCCAUGAAGGACAAGGUCGUUCCAGUGAAUAAGGACUCAUUUGAUUCCGAUAGCCACUUUUAUCCAAAAACGAUCAAUGCUCAAGUGAGUGAAAUUGUGAGCGAUUUUAUGAUGUUAGGUAACUCAAGAAUAUUGAAACGAUAUCUUCAUUUAAAUCCUCAGGUUGAUGAAAAACAUUUAACUGAACUCCUCUCCUACAAACCCAAAUUCUUUCACUGGUCCGGAGCUGAUUUAUUCAACGUGACCAACUCUCAAGGUUUGAGAAAGAUGGUUCUCAUUGAAACCAACAGUUGUCCAAGCGGUCAAAAAUCCAUGCCUGUUCUCAAUAUGCAUGACGAUCAUGGUGGUUACAGAACUCUUAUCGAAAAAACAUUCAAACCCAUGCUGGAAGAGCAUGAAAAACAACUCGGAAGCAAUACAGUUCCCAAUGGAAAAUUGGCUGUCAUUUAUGAUAAGAAUAAGAUGGAAACUAGUGGCUAUGCGGCUACAAUUGCUGAUGUUUUCGGAGAGACUGUCUACUUGGUUGAAUUUCUUGCAAGUGACAAAGAUCCACCCGUUCGUUUUGUUGAGAAUGGACAGAUUUUACAAAUUCGUGACAAGGAUAACAAUUGGAUCAAUAUUCGUGGUUGUUUCCGUUAUGUCACGCAACGACCAUGGGACAGAUUGCCAAUUUCCAAAGUUCGAACCAUGAUUAUGAAUCCAGUCAUUUGUUGUCUUGCUGGAGGAAGAAACAAAUUAUUGGCCGCCAAGGCAUAUGAUUUUUUAAACAGUCAAUACAAUGGCUAUGGAAUUCGUCUUAAUACCCCAAGAACCAUUAGAGAUGUUGAGAAGAAAAUUGUUCCCAUUUGGGUUGAAUCAUUUGGAGGUUAUGCAGUUGUUAAAAAUCCAUAUUCGAAUGGUGGGCAGGGAGUGUGGACCAUUACUUCACCACAAGAAUUGGAAGAAUUUAUGAAAACUGAAGAUCGUUACGAUCAAUUUAUUGUUCAAUCGUUAAUUGGAAAUUCAAAAUGGUCUUCUCACACACAUCAAGGUCAAUUGUAUCACGUUGGAACAGUACCCGAUUCAAAGCGAAAUAUUUAUGUGGCUGAUUUAAGAAUGAUGAUCAUGUACGAUUUUGCAAAAGGAGGCUUUUCUCCUGUUGCUCUUUAUGCAAGAAAAGCAAAGAGUCCACUCACGGAUGAUAUUGAAGGCAAAGAUUCGUGGGACAUGUUGGGUACCAAUCUCUCCAUCAAACUUGGUCAAGAUAAAUGGGAUACUGAUCAAAAAAGAUUAAUUAUUUGUGAUAGAAAAGACUUUUCUAAAUUGGGACUCGGUGUUGAUAAUUUAAUUGACGCUUUCAUUCAAACUGUAUUGGCCACUGUUGCUAUUGACAAGCUUGCAACCCGACUCAUCACUGAAAAUCAAAGAUUUGACAGAGAUUUGUUCUUUAGCUUGAAUCGUGACGAUGCCUUGUUGCAUGAAAUUUGCCGAAUUGGUGACGAGCAAGACAAUGACGAAAAAAGUGUCAAUCAUGAUGUGGAGCGAACCAAAUUCACAGCCACCCUUAACUUGAACGAAUAA